UGGUUUUUGUGUAUUUAAUCAGAUUAAAACCGAACCCCAGCCGUUCAGUGACAGUUGAAUGAAGGACUGGAGACAGAAACGCUACCAGAGAUGUAGCGAAAGGAGCUCAAACGGCGACUAGAGGUAGGAGAGCAAGAGGAACACAGAAACAUGGAUGCUGCUUUUAGGAUGGACAGAUUAGAAAUACACCCCUAGUAAGAGCCAGGAGGGGUGUCAAUCACGCUCCUGUACAUGCUGCCCAGCAACCUUUACUGUCACUCGAGCUCAAGACUGCUGGUGUGCUGCAGCUGUGCUAAUGGCGGAGAGGGAACCUAACGUUGCAGGAAAACUGCCAAUUCCUCGAGUGGCGGCAGCUGCUCAAAAAACAAGGAGAGGUAGGCGGAAGAAGUCUAAAGAUGAAAAGCAAGCGCAGAAGAAAGAACUGGACCGAGCCCGGAAUAAAACGAGGAUAAACAUCGGAGCAGCUUUUCUGAGGUGGAGGGAGCUACUCUACCUGAAACGCUUCAAAUCCGAUGCAGAGUUAGCCACGUUUCUGCUGGACAAAUGUCAAGUUGGAGCUUUGACUUCAUCAAACGCAACCAGCCAUCAGACCGUCCUGCCUGGUUCUGUCGCAUCAUCAGAUCGGUGAGAAAAUAUUGGGAGCUUAUAUUACCAAGUUCAGCACGAUGGUUCAGCCUGAGCAGUAGUCAUGGUGACAGAUUGUAAUCUAUUCUACAAUUAUAAAAGCGAAUUGAAAAUGGAGCCAAUCAUUUAAAGAAGAUUUUAAUGUGUGAAGAAAAAGCUGUUGAUGGUUUAACCUCAAGUAUUUUAUUUUCUACAGAGAUCAGGACCUGAAAUUCUCUGCAGGAUUGUGAAUUAUUUGGUUAGAUCUUGCAAAUCUAGAUUUUAUGAUCUUAGUUCCUGCAUACAAUUACAGAGAUGUACAAUAACGUUUGCCUUGGCGCAGUAGACUUCAAUUCAAAAGAAAUUAUAAGCAAAGUUGUGGAUAUUUCUUUGUAAAUUUAGAUGUUCAGAAUUUGCUCUGCAUUGAAGGGAAAAAAUUGACAUAAUGUAGGUAAAGUUGGAAGAUGAAGCACAGAAUUUCUUCAAGUUACUAAAGACAGAGAGACAAAACUCAGGCAGAGUGUUUUUAUUUCUACAUGCUCUUGCUGUCAGCAUUUUAUCGCUGGACACUCAUGAGGACAUCAGUGAAAGUGACUUCAAUCACAUUCAGAACUCUGUCAUCGACUGGGCUGGGGACUGGACCCGGCCUCUGCUGGACGACACUGGAGACGUUUCAGCUUCAGAGGAAGAGAACAGCAUGGGGAAGGCAGUUACCUUGUCGACACUGAUGAGGAGGAGGAGGAGGAGGAUUACAUCCCCCCUUUAUGCGUUCGCUCUGCUGGUGCCGGUGAACACAAGUUAUCUCUGGAUGCUCUUCCGGCCGUCGGCAUGGAGGACACAGUUCAUGACAGCCUGGGCACAGAGUCAGCCGAGUCCCAACCAGCGCAGAGUGAGGAUGACAUCACUAAUCAUCCGGCAGCCAUCACCUAUCAUGUCUGUCUGAUGCAACUCGCUCAGUACCUGCUGCUGCCCAUCCGGUGUGUUCGGCUAAAGACCCAGUGACACUGGUGGAGUGCCAGGCAACUGGGCCAUUCCAAGUCCAGAUGAAGUCCAGAGGAACAGCUGUCAUCAUGCAGUGGAUGUGUUCUAACAAUCACUGUGUGUGGGAGUGGAACUCCCAGCCCACUUUCAAAGACGGGAUGCAAGCUGGCGACUUCCUUUUGGCAUCAAAUAUCAUCCUGUCGGGCAACAACUAUGCCAAAGUUGCGUUGCUUUUCAAGUUUAUGAAGAUGGGAAUAGUGGAUUGGUCAGUCUUCUUGAAAAUACAGGACACAUUCUGUGUUGGAACCAUCAAGGACUUUUGGGACAACAGCAGAGCCGACGUGGUUUCCAGGCUGGGAUCAAAGGAAAAUGUUGUUGUACUUGCUGAUGGUCAUAUGGACAGUCUUGGGUCCUCUGCUCAGUUCUGCACCUACACCAUCAUGGAGAACGAAACCAAAGAAAUCCUGUCAAUAGUCAACAUUGACAAGGGAGAGACGCAGAGGAGUUCUGUGAUGAUGGAGAGAGAAGGCUUCAUCAGGAGCUUUGACCAAAUCCACCAAGAGGUUAAACUCAGUGAAGUUUGCACAGAUUCACGGUCACAGAUAUCCGCUCUAUUCGACCCAGUCAAAGGACAGUAUAAGGACAGCGGCGUGCUGCACACUCUGGACAUGUGGCAUGGUUCCAAAAACUUGGCCAAGAAGAUGCAUGCAGCAGGGCAGCAAAAGGGUUGUUCCGUCCUGCUGCAGUGGAUCAAAGAUAUCUGCAACUACUUCUGGUUCUGCUGCAAGAUGACUGAAAACUAUGAAAACUUUUAUGACAUGUGGGCUGGCCUUCUUAACCAUGUGACAGGAGAGCACGAGUGGCCCCUGCACGCCGGUCAGCGUCCGUCCGGGGACCGCAGAGACCAGGCCUGGAUAGAAAACGGCUCCGUGGCCCAUCAGGCGUUAUCGGAAAUUAUUCUGAAUCAACGCUGGCUUAGGGAAGUACACAAGUACUUGCACUUUAGGUCAACGGCUGAGCUGGAAUCUUUCCAUAACCACAUCCUGAUGUAUGCCAGCAAACACUUCAGUUUCAGCCGUCCGGUCUAUGAAGCCCGGAUCUUCCUGGCUGGCCUGGAUUACAACCACCAUGUUCACAGACCGCCCAAGAGAAAACCCGACGGCUCCGUAGAAUAUCGCAAACUUUACAACAGGAAAUCCAGAAAGUGGUGUUUGUAUGCUAUAAAGGAGGAAAAGGACUACGGCUACAUCCCACAGAUUCAGAGGGCCAUUGUAGGGAAGCGGGUGGCGUCGGGGCGAGGUUUCCCUCGCCUGACUGCCGUGAUGCGGAACGACCCUCGUCAGUACGGCGUGCUGUUCGUUGCUCCAGCUUCCAGCACACAGCAGCCAUUAAAGUCACAAGCCAGCAGGGGCCAGAAUGUUCCCCAGAUUGUGGUUGCUCUAGAAGAGGCUGUUGAAGAGCCGAUUCCUGCCGUGGACCAGCAGAAACCAGAAGCUCUCCGCAUCAAGGAGGAACCAGAUGAUGAAUCUCAGUUCUCACUGCUUCAUCAGAAACGAGCAGAAGGCCGCUGUCUUCCAGCCAGCAGCUCCGAUGACAAGAUGGAGACCGACGAAGAGGAAUCCAGCAGGAACCCAGAGCUACAUUCUCGUCAGGACGCUCAUGAAGAAACGAAUCCAGGUGCGGACCAUCAGGAUCCAAAGCUGCUUCACAUCAAGCAGGAAGAGGAAGAACCUUGGACCGGCCUGGAGGGAGAGCGCCUCAGUGAGAAGCAGACCGAUCCAUUUCCACUAAAUGUCGUUCUUGUGAAAAGUGAGCAUGAAGAGAAACCUCUGUUCUCACACCUUCAUCAGCCAGAAGAUGGAGAUCUUCCAACCAGCAGCUCAGCUGACCAGAUGAAAGCAGAAAAUGAAGAAGAGGACGAUGGAGCAGCAGAGUCCAGCAGGAACCCAGAUCAACACGCUGAUGGAGACUCUUCCAGCUCUUCAGAGACAGAGGUCAGUGAGGAUGAAGAGGAGGAUGAUGGUGAUAGUGACUAUGAUUAUGAUGAUGAUGGUGACAGUGAUGAUGUUGGUGGUGAAAGUGAAGGGAGCCAUCCUGCCUCCAGCAUCAGCGCAUGUCAGACUCUGGAUCUGGAACUGAGGACAGUGGGACUGACUGGAAGGAGGGCAGAGCUCCUGAGUCAGGAGAAAACGCCGUCAAUUCACUGAGCUGCUGCGAGUGCCGUAAACGGUUUGUUAACGAGCGCUCUCUGCAGAGACACAUGACCCAUCAUUCAACAGGAAGGUCUUCACGCCGGGCAGCUAAAGGUAAAAGUACUAAAGGGAAGAAAAAUGUCAACACACUAAGUCCAGGGAAAGCCCAGACUGAUGUCAAAUUAUUCACCUGUGAUGACUGUGGUAAAAGUUUCAGUUGGAAAAAUCAUCUAAGCAGGCACAAGAGAAUCCACACGGGAGAGAAACCUUUUGGCUGUGAUGUUUGUGGACAAAGAUUCAACCAGAAUUCUAAUUUAAACAAGCACAUGAGAAUCCACACGGGAGGAAAACCCUUCGGUUGUGAUGUCUGCGGACAAAGAUUUAACCUGAAGUCAUACUUACACAUACACAUGAGGAUUCAUACAGGAGAGAAACCGUUUGGUUGUGAUGUUUGUGGACAAAGAUUUAACCAAAAAUCCAACUUAAACAAGCAUGCCAAAAUCCACUCUGGAGGGAAACCGUAUGGCUGUGA